CGUCUUUCGGUCCAGAUGGCAACGAGUUUCUCGACUCCGUAAAUGAUCCCUUUUGCUACGCGUAGGCGGCCUCGGCGGUUUAGAUCCCACCAAUGGCUGAGUAAAAAGAGCUCGCGAGGCGUAACCGGUUCAACGGCUAUAUAUUCUCCGUCGCUUAUAUUGGCCAGCUAUAUCGUGACAACUGGGGACACGAGUGAAACCGCAUGUGCUUGUGAUUCUUUUGCCUCUUCCUUUUCUGCGAAACCGGCUUCCUGCUUUAGUCUUUGUGGUGUCCAAUAGAGCAAUAAAUACCCUCUGAUCCUCUCGCCGCAGCUGCAGCUUGUCAUCCUUUCUUCUGUCAUCCUUUCUCACCAACUCACCUCAUUCUGCCCCUCCAACCCCUCCCUCAAACUCACAUACACACACAUAGCCAAAAUGUCUGAAGUCACCAUCACCGGAUUCAGGAGCCGCGAUGUUCGGUUCCCGACCUCCCUCGACAAGACGGGCUCAGACGCCAUGAACGCUGCCGGCGACUAUUCAGCGGCGUACUGCAUCCUGGAAACUAAUUCCCCUCACAGCGGCCACGGCAUGACAUUCACCAUUGGACGCGGAAACGACAUUGUCUGCGCCGCCAUCACCCACGUUGCCGACCGCCUCAAGGGCAAGACUCUCUCCUCACUAGUAGCCGACUGGGGCAAGACAUGGCGAUAUCUCGUCAACGACAGCCAGCUGCGAUGGAUUGGCCCCGAAAAGGGCGUCAUCCAUCUUGCCCUGGGAGCUGUUGUCAACGCCGUUUGGGAUCUGUGGGCAAAGACGCUCAACAAGCCCGUGUGGCGCAUCGUGGCAGACAUGACCCCCGAGGAGUACGUCCGCUGCAUUGAUUUCCGCUAUAUUACGGACGCCAUCACACCCGAGGAGGCCGUUGCGAUGCUGCGCGAGCAGGAGGCCGGCAAGGCUAAGCGCAUUGAGGAGGCCCUUCAGAACCGAGCCGUUCCCGCAUACACAACAAGUGCCGGAUGGCUGGGAUACGGCGAGGAGAAGAUGAAGCAGCUGCUGAGAGACACACUGGCCGACGGCUACAGACACUUCAAGGUCAAAGUUGGCGGCAGCGUUGAGGAGGACAGGCGGCGUCUGGGCAUUGCUCGCGAAAUCAUUGGCUUCGACAAGGGCAAUGUUCUCAUGGUUGACGCCAACCAGGUCUGGUCCGUCCCGGAGGCAAUCGACUACAUGAAGCAGCUCAGCGAGUACAAGCCCUGGUUCAUUGAGGAGCCAACCUCGCCCGACGAUGUCAUGGGCCACAAGGCCGUUCGUGAGGCUCUCAAGCCCUACGGCAUUGGCGUUGCCACCGGCGAGAUGUGCCAAAACCGUGUCAUGUUCAAGCAGCUGCUCAUGACGGGCGCCAUCGACGUCUGCCAGAUCGACGCCUGCCGUCUAGGCGGUGUCAACGAGGUCCUCGCCGUUCUGCUCAUGGCCAAGAAGUUUGGCGUGCCCAUUGUGCCUCAUUCCGGUGGCGUCGGUCUCCCCGAGUACACUCAGCACCUGAGCACCAUCGACUACGUGGUUGUCACUGGCAAGCUUUCCGUCUUGGAGUUUGUGGACCACCUCCACGAGCACUUUUUGCAUCCCUCUGUCAUCAAGGACGGAUACUACCAGGCCCCGACGGAGCCCGGAUACAGUGUCGAGAUGAAGCCGGAGAGCAUGGACAAGUAUGCUUAUCCCGGUGAGAAGGGUGUAAGUUGGUGGACGAGCGAUGAGGCUCUGCCCAUCUUGACUGGAGAAAAGAUUUAAGCCUGGAAUGGUAGCAAUGUGUUUUUGACCAUGUAUUCUUUAUAUGCAAAGCAAAUAUUAGUUAGGACUUAUAGAAUAGGUGUAUAUGUAGGAAUCAACCACAAUUAUGCGAAC